CAAGUAUCCGCUUUGCUUUGCAAUCAGUAGUUUUCAAGGGAACUUCUAAAGCUGAGCUGAAAUAUUUGAAAUGUGGAACACUCUUGACCAUGAAAUAUGUUCUACUUACAUGCCUCAGCCUUUAAAAGUUCUUUGCAUUAGAGUCAGAGAUUACAUUCUUCCUGGAGCCAAGCAUGGGGCCAGCUGUGAACUAGUCAGACUUCUCCUUGGGGAGACUGAUGGGGGUGUAAAAGGUUUGUUGUGGCCAGUGUCAGAAGCCCUCCCGGCUCCAUCACCAACGCCGAACUUCCACCUCGACCCCCUGGAGACCACUUAGACACCUGAGCGGAGGCGACAGCUGCGUUCAGAAAACCAUGCUUCAUGUCAGCAGGCACCAACGGCCGAGUUUAAACUCUGUUCAGCAUGUGGACACGGCGGAGAAAUGAGCUGUCGGGACAAGCCAGGGCAGCUCAUAAACUGGUUCCUCUGCUCCUUGUGCGUCCCGAGGGUGCGGAAACUCUGGAGCAGCCGGCGCCCCAGGACGCGGAGGAACCUCCUGCUGGGCACUGCCUGCGCCAUCUACCUGGGCUUCCUGGUCAGCCAGGUGGGGCGCGCCUCUGUCCAGCACGCAAGGCCGGCAGGAAAGGGGCCGCACCGGAGCCGGGCUGCCACCGAGGCCCCCUUCCCUGAGAUACCCCUGGAUGGCACGCUGGCCCCUCCCGAGUCCCAGGGCAAUGGCACUACGCUGCAGCCCAACGUGGUGUACAUUACCCUGCGCUCGAAGCGCAGCAAGCCAGCCAACAUCCGUGGCACAGUGAAACCGAAGCGCAGGAAAAAGUAUGCGGUGGCUUCUAGAGUCCCGGGGCCCGAGGCUUUGGUGGGACCAUCCCUUCGGCCUCAGGUAGCUGCAAGGGCAGCGGAUCCUGGAGUGCCCGGGCACGUCCCAGGAGCAAACCUGGCCAAGGCUGGGGAGCGACCCUGGAGGUGGAUCCAGGGUCCGGGAGCGCGAGGUUGGGGCGCCGAUGUGCAUCCGCCCCUGGCCGGGGAGAGCAACAUCCGGAUCUACAGCGAGAGCGCCCCGUCGUGGCUGAGCAAAGAAGACAUCGGCCAGAUGCGCCUGCUGGCCAACGGCGCCGUGGCGGCUCUCCAGCCGGCCCAGUCCAGGAGCGGAGCGCGCCUGCUGGUGCUGGAGGGGACUACCCGGCCCUCGGUGCCUGCCUGCGGUCCCAGCCCCUGCGGGCUGCUCAAGCCGUCUCUGGACAUGAGCGAGGUGUUUGCCUUCCACCUGGACAGGAUCCUGGGACUCAACCGGACCCUGCCCUCUGUGAGCAGGAAGUCUGAGUUCAUCCAAGAUGGCCGCCCAUGUCCUUUCAUCCUCUGGGAUCCAUCUUUGUCUCCAACAGAUAAUGAGACCCACUCUUCUGUUAAACUCACUUGGGGAACUUACCAGCAGUUGCUGAAACAGAAAUGCUGGCAGAAUGGUCGAGUACCCAAGCCUGAAUGGGGCUGUACUGAAAUACAUCACCACGAGUGGUCCAAGAUGGCCCUCUUUGAUUUUUUGUUACAGAUUUAUAACCGCCUGGAUACCAAUUGCUGUGGGUUCCGACCUCGGAAGGAAGAUGCCUGUGUACAGAGUGGACAGAGUUCAAAAUGCGACAACCAGGAUGCCGUGGUUCUAGCCCACAUUGUUCAGCGAAAGCAGGACCCAAGACGCUUGGUUUUUAUAGAUAACAAGGGUUUCUUUGACAGAAGUGAAGAUAACUUGAACUUCAAACUCUUAGAAGGCAUCAGAGAGUUUCCCGAAUCUGCAGUUUCUGUUUUGAAGAGCCAGCACUUACGGCAGAAACUCCUUCAGUCUCUGUUUCUUGAUAAAGUCUACUGGGAGAGUCAGGGGGGUAGACAGGGCAUCGAAAAGCUGAUCGACGUGGUAGAACAGAGAGCCAAGAUCCUGCUCACCUACAUCAAUGCACAUGGGGCCAAAGUGUUACCUAUGAACGAAUAACAAAAGGUCUUCUGGCUGGUGGUCCAGUCCUUUCAGAGAUGAGGCAGUGGAGAUGAAUACACAAAGUAAAUGAAUUUAAUCUAGUAAAUAUGAUGAGCCUGAGCACAAUAGCAGUCUUUAAAAGCUUUUGCAAAUAUACUGCUAAAAUGUAUCUGUUUACAUUUUCCUUUAACAUCAUGACCUGGAGUCUCAACAUCUGAGCACAGAAUGGUUGCAAUUUUUAUCCCAGUUAGUUGUGUUAAAGCAUCUGUCACAUUGGUUAAUAGGAUAGUAUGAACGAGAAGUGGUGAUUCCUUUAAUAAAUCCGAUUUGAUGCCAUUUGCUGGUUUGACCAAAUACUAAUGGGAACAGUUCUGGACAUCUUUCUGUUGUUGACUGUUAGAACAGACAGCAGUUUCAACGCUACCCAGAGGCAACUCUACACUGGAAAAUGGAGGUGUAUAAUCUUCAGAAACUUCAGACUCUAUAGUAAUUUUAAGGAGAAAUGUUGGUUUAUUUGUAAAACCCCCAGUGUAUAUUCUAUUAUAUCUAAAAAUGAUCAGCCAGCUCUGUGAUCCUCAACACAAGAAUCUCAUUUCCCAUUCCCUUUUGGAAAUGUAUUAACAUUUUGUCAUCAGUAUAGAAACCUACAUCUGACUGUUUAUACAUUAGGUAGCUUUACUCUCUGUUUUGGUCCAACUUAUAUCUGGUGGCUUAAAAAUUCAAUUUUUAGGUAUAAAGUUGCAUAUGUGAAACUACGCUUAUUGAGUGUCUUUUGGUUGGGUAGAUGCUCUUUUUACACUUUUUGUCAUUUUUACUAAGGAUAAGCUAAAAUUUCUGCUUAUUUCAUAAAUAAUAGUGGAUUUCUUCAAGCUUGUUCUUUGUAAUUAUAUUUAAACAGAAUUAAUUGAUAUUGUCCAGAUUUGACAAUAGGGCCAGAUAUUGAGUGUUUGAAUAUAUUGUUUGACUUAUUCUAAUAUGAAAAAUAGGAGCAAAAUAAGUUAAAACCCAACUCUGAUCAGUUCUCCUCAAGUGAAAUCACAUGACUAGAAACAGGAAAUUGGAGGAUAUUUAGCCUCAAACAAUUCUCUCUGAACUCUGUUGUUUAGUCAAUAAAUCGUGUUCGACUCUGCGACCCCAUAGACUGUAGCCCUCCAGGUUCCUCUGUGCAUGGAAUUUUCCAGGCAAUAAUAGUGGAGUUGCCAUUUCCUUCUCCAAAGGAUCUUCCUGACCCAGGGAUCGAGCCCAUGUCUCCUGCUUGGCAAGUGGAUUCUUUACCACUGCACCACAUGUCCUUGGAGGCAUCUACAUCAUGUUGUUUGACAGAUGUUCCCAUAGAACAUCUAUGAUUUCUCAGUUCUGCAUGUUAUUCCUAAAGUGCAUCCCAUUUUCUGUGUUCUAAUAAGGGUUGCUCAGAAUCACUGAAGAUUAGAACUACUAGAGACAGUAUGAUAAAGGCUAACCUAUCUAUAGAUUUUAAUUUAUACAAACAUUUGGGCAAAAUGACAUAACAUGUAGAUUAUAAGAAAACGUAGACAGAGGGAAAGGGGAUCAUUUGGUCCUCUAAUUAUAACUUUUCUAGGCUUACAUUCAAGUCCUACCUUUUAGCACCCUCACUUCACAGCUGACCCUUAGAGAGCUGGCCUUCAGACCAUACCGUCUUCAGCGUUCCCUCUGUAGCCCUGAGUGCGUCUCCCCACCCUCUGCCCCAUACUUUCUAAGUACACAUGGACUCUGCUGAGUCUCCACCACUACCUGCUGUAUUUGGUCUUUUUAAGAUCACUUUGUGUCUCAAUAAUCAGCAUAUUAAUGAGACAUUGGCCUAACAGAAGUCUGGAGAUGCAAACUCUACAUUAAAAUAACUCUUUGUCAAGUUGCCUUAUACCUUGUCUUAUCUAGGUGGCAUAUUUGCAUUUUAAUAUGCCUUUCAUGGAAUAUACCAUCUUGUCCAACUUUGUGAUACUGGUGCUGGAAAUCCCAGGUUCCUCAGAAGUGGCUUUGAUUUUGCAUCUUAACCUAUACCUCUUCUGGGCAACUUGGUCCUCCAGCUGGUGGGUCUCAUUAUUUCCAGUUUUUCUGAAAUGCAAAGUAUCAAAUGACAGGUCCAGGAACACAUGUUUAAUUUAGUCACCUUUGCUUUUUAACAAUAUAUGUUGUUUUAGAAUCAGUGAAUAAUUCAUGUUAUAUUAUUUUUGAAUAAUGGAUGACUUCAGGCCAGGCUUUUCAUUCUAAUAAGUAAUACUCUUCUUUUACUGAAACAAUGAGAAUACUCUGUGCCUUUCAAAUGUACUCAUUAUGCUGCAGUUUGGUUCACAUUGCACAUUAUGGGGUUUAUUUAUAAUCUGAUAAAUUUAAAAUAGAGCAGUUUACAUAGGCAGACAUACAAAAGCUUAUUCUUGUGUGAUUAUUUUUAAACUGGUAUUAUGAAAAUAAAUACAUAUCUUAAAAAUGUGUCAUAAAAAUGUUAAAAAUUAAAGAUGUGUACUUUAAA